AUGAAUGCUGGUGGAAAGGCUUUAGCUACUGCUCUUUAUAAGAAUUCUACUUUAACUCAUUUAUACAUUUCGAGUAACCAUCUUGACUCCGAAGUUGGGAAAACACUAGCUUCCGUUCUUUAUGUUAAUACUACUUUAACCCAUCUGAGUCUAUGGAAUAAUCAACUUGGUUCUGAAGGUGGACGAGCUCUUGCUGAAGCUCUUUCUGGUUAUGAAAUAGAAUUUAGUAAGUUAUCAUCCUUUUGGCAACCGAACAAGGAUACAUAUUUGCUAAAAAUAAAAUUAUCUGUAUUAUCUUAA